AAUGAACCCAGAAAAAUCGAAACCCAAACCCCGAUAUUCCACCCUCGAGCCCCUUUCCUGUCCGUCUUUCUCCUUUUCUCCUUCUCGGAUGUGCGCAACAGUGGUGGUGCUCCUCAUCUUCUUGGAGACUGUCCAUUUAGCCAAAGGGUACUUCUGACUUUGGAGGAGAAGAAAAUACCUUACAACAGGCACCUCAUCAAUCUCAGUGACAAACCCACAUGGUUUCUGCAAGUGAAUCCUGGAGGGAAGGUGCCUGUUGUGAAGUUUGAUGAAAAAUGGGUGUCUGAUUCUGAUGUUAUUGCCAAUGGAGUUGGAGAUAUUUUUGGUGAUAGUGAUUUUUGGUGAUGGUGAGGAGCCACUGGAGAAGGGGAAAGGUUGAAGAAGAAGGUAGAGAGGUAAAAAAAACAAAAAUUGAAAAUUUU